ACAGACUGUUAUGUAAGACCACAUUAGACUGAACUGUAUUUGUGUCUGUGUUGCCACCCGAGAGCUGAGAGACGCCGGCUGCUCUGCUCCUUUAAGAAAUGUGACCUGAGAACAACAACCAACAGUGACAUCCCAACUUCAGCUGCAUUUGUUGUGAGUUUUUUUUUCCUUUUUAAUAAAUCAAACAAUUAUACUACUCUUCAUGCACUCUGUGAGGAGAAGACAAAUAACAGUGUGGCCCACGUAGAGUGUUUUAAAAAUAGAUUUCUGGGGGGAAAUGAGCAUAAAAUGCAGCAUGACAGUCAAAGGGUUGUAAAAUAUUUACAAUUCCUUGAUAUAUUUUCAUCACAUUUCUUAAACUUUUUAUUUGCUUCAAUAAAAUUCUCAUCAGUUUGAGCUGAUUUAAACUCAUUCAUGAUAUGUUUGGAUAAAAUUGGGUAAUUGUUUGAUGUAGAUACAUUGUGUAAUAGUUCAAUAGUUGAGCCAUUAAUGAUUGACUGACUUUUUUAAAGAAAACUGUUUAUAUCGUUUUGAAAAGAGCACAUACAGAUACAGUUCACUGCCUAAUCUACAUGAAACUAGGUCAAUUUGUCUUAAUAAAAUGGCCAAAAUGUCUUUAUUGGAUAUUUACAACAAAUUUCUAUUUACAAAUCGUGCACAAAAAGCUGACAUAUAACAUUUGAAUACUUUUUAAAUAUAAAAAAAACAGCCUCAAAGACAUGUGAGACAGAUAUUUGGAUAUAUGCAAUAUUGCAAAACACUUUUACCGCUCUUCCCAAAAACAAACAUGGAAUUCAAAGGUCACUUCAGUGUUCGCCAUCAUCAGCUCUCUCUGCCUCAUACAUAGUCAUUAUUUAAAGAUACUAUUUAUGCUGGUCAAAGUGGAGUUUAACACACAGGAAGAAGAGGAAGAUAGGGAAAGAUCUUGAAGUGAUGCCAGUGAAAAUGUCAGAGAAGAGGACACAACCUCCGUCUGAGUGUCAGCUGUUCAUCCAGUUUAAGGAGCAGGGACAGGAAGUUCCGGUUGGGGUAAAUGGCUCGUUUUUUGACGACUCGUCUCAGAGCGUCUCUCAGAGGGAGAUGCUGCCGCAGCAUUAAAUAAGCCAGGACCAGCGUGGCAGAUCGACUCACACCCAUAAUGCAGUGCACCAGCACCUUACCUGAAAAGCAGGAUAGAGAAAAACAAAACAAGAGAAAAUUAUUAUGACGAAAAUAUGGGACAAGACAUAACUAUAAUCACAAAUGUUGAUUUUAUGUAUUUAUUUAUAUGCCUUUUAGAUGAAUGGAAGAGCUUGAUGCAAGGAGAGAGUGGAGGACUACCACUGACCCACUCUACUGACUCAGCAAAACAUCCCAGGUAGGCAGCGGUUAAUAAUAAUAAUAGUAAUAAUAAUAAUAACUUUAUUUUUAUAGCACUUUUAAAAACAGAACUUUACAAAGUGCUUUGACAAACAGUAGUAAAGCAUCAGCACAUGGAAAUAAAAACAAAUAAAAAACAAAAGCUCAGUUAAAAACAAGGCCUCCGAAUUGAUGGGCCAAUUUCAUUUGUCAUAAAAAAACCCAAACAAUACAAGAACCCUACAACAUAAAAUGAGACCAUGAGGACCAAUAUAAAAUAGGUGAAGAAGAAGAAGAAGAAGAAGAAGAAGAAGAAGAAGAAAUGUAAUAAAAAGGGGGGGGGGGGGGUAGAAAGCAGGAAACAGGAUAUUAAAUUUAAAAAGAUGAUAUUCAUAAUAAUAAUAAAAUCAUAAUUAAAUAAUAAUGAUGGUUAUUUUAAUGAUAAAAUGGAAUAACAUAAAUGAGCAGAAACAAAAAACAAUAAAAUCAAUAAAAGGCCUAAAAGGUUAAAUAACCUCGAACGGAACCAGAUUCUAGUCUUACAAUGAUCUGCUGGAUUCAUAGAGACAAAGAUAGUAACAAUAACAGCUCAUACAAACUUAUUGGUACUGUACUAAAAGUAAUGAUGAAAGUAUGUGUGAGAUGUAAAGAUUGGUAAUUAACUGUUUUCAACUUUGAUUGCAGUUUAAUUAAAAAUCUCUUAAAAUUAGGAUGAUGAUAUUAGAGAUGGAAACAACGGCUUUAUUGACCUGAUUUUUGUGAAAGGAGUACGUCUAUGCUGACCUGUUACAUUCCUCACGUUAAUCCAUUUAGCAAACCAAAUUCUCACCAUAAUAAAACAGCUGCUGUGUAAAUAAAAUGAUUUAUCAUGUUCACGUCUUUUGUUUUAUAAUUUAGUGAAGAAUAAGCAAAAUUUAUUAACUGCUAUGCAUUGUGGGAAUCUUUUGGCAUGCUCUUGUCACCUUUAGUCUGACAGUACUGGUUUUCAAAUAUGUUGUUCUGUUGGAGAUUGAUGAAUGCAAGUGCAAUUACACCUACAGUGAUAUGUCAGGUUCUCUGUGUGGAUCUGUGUAAACACGGUGGAAAGGUGUUUUCUUCGAAUACUGUACCGUCUUUGCUCUUCAGGGCUUUAUGUAUGAAGUCUGCUGCAGGUUUGAUGUACUGACGUAAGUCAAAGUGGUCUGAAUCCUCUGCUGGGAUGCCAAAGUAAAUACAAGUGUCGCCAUAAAAACUCUGGUCUCCGAUGCUGCCCUGCUUGGAGUGAGCGGCGUUCAGGACAUGAGUGAUGCCGAGCUUAUGUAAUGUCUUCCUGUUCUGUGCUACAGCCCUGCAAAACACACAAAAAGACACUAAAUAUUAAGAAAAAAAGCACCUGUAACAGCAACAUAGGAGGUGUAUUUAACCCACUUAUAAAUUUAUUAAAAAUCUGAAAGUUUUCGUUACACCAAACUUUAGAAACUCACACAUUUCCUAUGUACAGAUUAGUCCAGACUUCAUCCACUGGUGAGAGCUCCAGUGUGCAGGAAUCCAGGAUGAGCUCCAGUUCUUUAAUGAUGGCCAGCUUCGGUAGUUGCUUUCGCCCUGACAUUCUCACUGUGCUCCUCCAGCAAACCCCCCGACACACUGCUCCUGUCUGUGCAUCUGUCUGUGUCCUCCGUCCUCUCGGUGAGGGACUGGAGCAGGUGGCUGUUUGAAUGCCGCUUGGCUCCAAAUUUAGCUCUCUGUGUUCAGUGAGUUCUCUGUAAGUGGAUGUGGAGUUAUUUAAUGGUGCUGUGGUAUUGAUUGUUCUGUUCACUGAUGGUAAAGGUCCUGGGGGGUUACAGGCACAAACCCUGUCUGUGUCCAAUUAAGUCACAUGAAGGGAGGAGAGGGGGGGAAGGGUAGCCGCAGUUCAUCUGUAUACAAAUAGUAAAAUGGCAUAAAUGGAGACAGUCUUACAUGUUGUUAAAGAGAAUAAUGACUCCUGAACAAGAACAAGUCAAAAGCUCUGUUUUCAUAGCGGGAAUAAGGGCACUCUGGAGGUACUUGGUGUGUUUCUACUGUGCAGAACAAGAUCUUAAUUAAGCACAAGGGAAUUUAUUGCGUCAAAGAAAAAGUUCUCUUACUUUGUGAAAGUACGUGGGCCUUGCAAGACUAAAUAUCUCUAGUUGAGAACAUGUAUUAUGAAGACAACCAGCAAGGUUUUAUCACAGGCGAACCUUGCAGAUAUAUUUAGUUAAAGAUACUUGAUUUUUGUAAACAAAACGUGUUUCAACCAUAGACUGUAUAUACUCUGGACAAGCCAAAUAGCUCUCAGUAUUUCCGCAAUUUUUCUUCAUUUCCUGAAACCAGCGCUGCGCAGCAGUGUUGUACGCAUUCGGCAGGAGAGUCGCCGAGAGUCGUUAUGGUGAGCUACGCAAUCUUCGUACGCCCAUAGGCUGUAUUAAGUGUCAAUCAUAGAAAACAUGAACCCCCUAAUAACUUUUAAAAAUGGAGCUGUACAGAAAAAAGAGGACUUGAGCACAAACCAAAAUGAUUCCAGAGAGUGUAGUUCAAUCCUUGAUUCGUUCACCAAGUGAUUCAGCCGUCGGUGCAUGUGGUCCCUCGUUUGCUGGCUUCUGGCCUGGCAAUGCUGUUUCUCACUUCAGCUCAACUGAAGUGAGAAACGAACGAAUCACUUGAGGAAGUGAUUCGGUUCAGUGCAUUCACUUAAAAGAUUUAGUUCUUUUGAACGAAUCGUUCGCAAACGACACAACAGUUCAAACGGGAUGUAUGUGUAAUGAUGAAAACACUCUCACUUUUACAGCUCUAAACCUUUCUGUAUGUACAAUAGUGAGAUGGAAUAAAUCUAUAUUUGUUGUGGACAUACAAAGUGUAACAAAAACCAUUAUAGAAAUCAGACUGAACAAUGCAGCAUGUUUGAGUUGUUUGUAUGUGUAGCCUCUGACUGCAACUCUGCAAAGCACUUAUAAGAAGUACAACCAUCACAGUACCUUUGUACUUACACAUUGUACCUCAGUGGGUCAUUGUGUCCCAUUGUGUAAUUACUUAUUGCAUCACCUUGUUGUUUAAGUGCAAGGCACACAGCUUGCAUGUACUUGCACACAGCUCUGUUCUGUACAUUUUUCAAAUGUCAGUUGGCUAAUUUGCCUCUUCCAAGGUCUCCAGCCUUUGUGGAAAGACAGACAAGCUUAAAGUUUCUCCUCAUUGUCUUUGACUUCGUUUGACCCUCCAUGCUGCAGUUUUCGGUCCAGGGCUAUAAGCUGUCGCAGGAAGCCUCUGUUUGGGAAAAUCCAGCGUUUCUGCUGCACAUAGUGGACUGAUGAAAGAAGACUGAGGUCGUGAUGAAUCAUCAGAUAUGCCAAGACCAACGCAGCCGAGCGACUCACACCCACAGCACAGUGCACAAAUACUUUUCCUGGAGAUCACAACAAAGAAGGUGAAAAUUAAAGUUGUUUUUUUUAUCAGCUGUAAAAUGUAUGUCUGCUGAUGUUACCUCCUGAUGUCAAAGCCUGGUGAAUGAACUCAGCAGCAGGGUAGAAGAAAGGUGAAAGGUCAAAAGUUGGCAGGUCAUUGGCUGGGACUCCCAAGUAUUUCACAGUGGUGCCGUAAAAAUCGUCACUGCCCUUACAGCACAGUUUUCCGUGGGCUGCGUUCAGAACGUGAGUGAUGCCCAGCUGCCAGAGUCCCAGUUUAUCAUGAGACAUGAACCUGACACAAAUAAAACAAGUUAUUUAUAUGUAUAUCACACGCAAACUGUUUAUUUACACAAAUAAGGCACAAAAUACUCACAUGUCUCCAAGGUACAAGUUUGGCCACACUUCGUCUCCAUGUCGACAGGAGCGUGGAGCUGAAUAUAAAACCUGCUCCAGCUCCUGCAGAGUCGGGAUCCUUCCUUUUAAAUCCUCUGUCGUACAUGUGCUUUUCCCCUCUUCCUCUGUGUCUUUAUUCUGCUCAGGGUCUUGGUGAUCACACGUUAGUUUUUUAUCUGUCAUCUGGGAGUCUAGCGGCUGAAAAUGAGUCCAACCAAAUCAUGCUGCUCUGAGUCGCCCUUGCUUUAGCUGCUGUCCGACUCUGACAGUCAUGAACAGGUGGUGCAGUUUGUUGUGAACUCACAGUUGAACCCUUUCCCAAGGCGUAACCUUAUUUACACCAACAUAACAGGUUAAUGAAACACAGUUAAUUCUUCAUUUGCCAAAUUAAAGUUAAACAGUCCAUAAAAUGUACCCUUUUUAAGGGGAUCCAGAAAUAGAAAGCUUGUUUUCACUUGAAUUACCUGGUACAUGUAGUCCAGGGGUUCCUCGCAGCCCAUUGUUGUCAUAUCUGUCGUUGUCUUAGCAGACAGUUCUUGCAUAUACCACCAUAGCAUGAUGCCAAAACUACUAAAAAGGUUUUUCUGUGUAUUUCUUGAUUUAUUGUUGUUCUCACUUGCUCUUUAUUUAGGUUUACUUGUACAUAAGCUGAUAAUAUAUCAUCAAAUCAAACGGUAAGCAUGUAUAAACAACACGUUUACUGCUCAGUCUGUCAACUAACACUGUUAAAAUAUAAUCCAGCACAAGAGGCUUGCUAGUAAAACUACAUGGUCUAAUACUGGUUGGUCACAAAAAUUAGACGUUGGAGAGACGUGCAGAUCACAUCAGUAUUGGGUCGGUCCAUCGAAAACCACAUGUAGACAUCAAAGUGACGUGCAGAAUAGGUUAGAGGUUUUGGCGUCUAAAUUGGACCUUUUUUAGACUUCAUAAUGAGGUUCAGGAUUUGGAUGUCAUCUGAAGACCAAAUCUAGACAUUAGCGUGACAUGCAAAAUAGAGCCAAGAUUUAGACGUCAUUAUUGGACCUCUUUCAGAUGCUGAACUGACGUUGACAUUUUUAUCUCAUCUGAACAUGUGCAUGUGGUUUGUCAAGGAAAAUUAUGUAAAACACACGUCAUUUCGAUGUCACAUUGCGGAGCGGGUUAAAACAUACAAGGAGUUAAGAGAAUGAGACAUCAACCAAAUUGAAGAAAACAGGCACAAAGCAAUCACAACACAGCUGGGCUUUGACAGUGACACAGGACUGUGUAGGAAGGAGACCUUAUGAAAGAGCAGCUGUUAUUUCCCUGUCAGAAUUGUAUUUCUCAUAACCACCCACGCACUUACCUCGCUCUGUUUUUCAAUGGAACAAAAUCUGUGAUAAUUGUAACAUUUACGACUAAAAAUUGGAGUCAAGAAGGUCCAAAUGUCAGUGCUGCUUUUCAAAAAGACAUCUUGACUUGCUUAUGGAGGACACUUGACGUCUUAUCUGUAGGGCUUUUCAGUUCUAAACUGGUGAAUUAAUCUAGACAUAAAAGUGUCAGUGUAGUACAUGAUUGUAGGAGUCGUGGGUGUUAAGAGGAGUGUUGACCUGUAAUGGUUUCCUGCAGUUUCAACACCCCCCUGUUUGAGGCGAGUGGUUAAGAUUCUCAAGAAAAGGCUUGUUGACCUAGAUUCUUCUGGAGAUGUUCACACCCUCUGUCAUAGGUGAUUCGGGGGUCACCUGAUCUGAGUGUGAGUGGGGCUUUUUCUCUCUUGACAGCUAAUUCAAAACUGCAUUAUAUGUUAAUGGCAGUGUCACCUCUGUGAAGAGAUGAUAGUUUUAGCACUCCUUCUAAUCUGAGGUCUUCCCUCUUCAGGCUGCACUUUGAGAGUCCUUGGUCCUUAGACGUAGGUGUACUUUUAGGUCAUGUCCUGAAGAGCCGGCCUUCCUAUGGUGGGCCAUGUUUUCAUUUGAGGCUUCAGUGCAAAUACAACACAAAUCUGAGCAGAUGUUAUCAAAAGUAGAUAAAACACACAUGCAGCUUUAAAAGAAAGCAGUUCAAAGUAUUACCAGUAUCUAUAAGUAUCUAUGAAUUAAUAAAUCAGUAGAUAAUAGCUUUUAAGUUGGGUCAAAGUGCUUGAAAUUGUUCCUAUAUAUUGCCAGCAGAUGUCAGUGUGCUUUAACAAGCAGCUUCACCUGAGAACAGCUGCUCUUCUUUGCUGCUGUUGUUUACUUGCUCUCUUCCUGUUUGGUUGCCUGGUUGUCAGAAACAUGUUGAUGAAAUGUUCCUAUGACACAGUUCACCCACACCCUGAAGCGACACGGUGACAGUGGAUCUCUGGUAAGAAAGGAAAGCCAUCAGCUGUUUCAUGAGAGGCAUUUUGAUCAAGCAAACCUUCUUUCUUUGACUGAGUUUAGUCUCUUUUGGAUAAGUUCUCUUCAACUUUUUGUGUAGUGUUUGAACUUGUCCAAAACUUCAUGAAAACAUAAAUUAACCUCUUCGAGUUUAUCUCAGGCCAGAGUGUGACGUUUGAUUGCUUGUAGUGAACAGACUAUGAGCUCUUUGUCUAGCAGUGUUUCUCACACACACUGAGGGGCUUUCUCUCUCUCUCUCUCUCUCUCACACACACACACACACACACACAGCUGUGUGUCAGCCCACAGUGUGACUCACUGUAAGCCGGCCAAACAAGCUGACUGGGCACUUAUGAAUCUCCAAGUACAGCCACGGCAUGACCACGCCAGUGAAAUCUAGAGGCCAGUUUAAAAAUAACUCAUUCUUCUGAGAGGACGGAGCCGAGCCACACAGGUGAGUUCGCUCUCAGACCUUUAAUAUGAACCAGGUUAAUCUGACAGCUAUUGUUCCUUAUUGAUCCUCUACUGGCAGCAAGCCAUACUGUGAUUGCUGUUGGCUGAAGACAACCUUCAGACCAUGUGAUCAUCAGUUUGAGCUCUUACGAUCAACCUAAAGUUACUGACAUCACUAAUGUGGUGUCUUAUCAACAAUAAUUAUAAAAAAAAGAACCACAUUUUAUUGUUUUUCCCCCUCUAGUAUGUUAAAAGUACUGUUUCACCGUAUAACUCUUAAAAUAAAAUAUAAUUUAAAGCUUUAAAAUGACAGUUUGAUGUGAUAGUUUUAAGUUGUAUUGUAAACUCGUAUCUAAAGCUCCUGUGAGGAGUUUUGUUUGGUUGUGAAACAGAUUGAAAUUGAUUGACGCAAUAGUUUAAACAAGCAAACAAGACUGAAACUAUGACUGCUUCAGCCAAAUGCCUGCAGUCCUUGACUACUGUCGAUCACUGUGCACUGAGAUUUGUUACUGGUUGUAGUCGUCUUACACAUCAUUGCGAACUUUAUGCCAAGUCUGGCUGGCCUUCUCUGAGUAUUCGCGGGUACACUCACUGGAUGACUCUAAUUUAUAAGGUCCUUCUUGGCUUAGCUCCUUCUUAUUUAUGUGGUCUUCUUCAAAGUACUAAAAGCCACUACACCCUGCGCUCAAACAACACUAUCCAUUUGAUUGUUCCGCGAAUCAGAACUGAACUGGGCAAAAAAGUGUUCAGUUUUGCUGCCACUUCAGCGUGGAAUACUCUCCAGACUGACCUGAAAUUGUCGGAAUGAAUUUCGCUGGGAGCAUUUCGUUCGAUCUUACAUGACAGAUUUUGGUAGACCAUGGAACAGUGCCUGUGUUUUUAAUUAUGUUUCUGGAGGUCAUUUUCUUCUUCUUCUUUAUUAUUAUUUAUUAUUGUGCUGUGUACUGCCGACCUCUCUGCCAGGUCACUCUUGUAAAUGAGAUCUCAAUGGGUUCUCACCUGGGUAAAUAAAGGUCAAAUAAAUAAAAAUAAAUAAAAUAAUUAUGUAAUUUAAACUUCUAGUGGCUGAAAUCGCUGAGGGGGGUGUAGGUGUCAGAAUAUAUGAUCAACAGCACUCUAAAAAAACAACCUUUCUUUAAUUUUUCUUCAGCCAAUAUACUCACAGAAUAUUCAAAGAAAACAAGAUAAGUCGUUUUUUUUUUAAUCUAAAAUUAUUAUCUUACACUUUGACCACAAGGGGGCACUAGAAUCUACACAAACCAAAUGUUCCUCAUUGGAGCUUUAAUGAAAGAUUUAUGUUAUUGGGACACAUUGAAAUUAUCAACUCUUCUUGACAAACCUAUGUAUAUUUUAUUUCCCUCCUUUAAAGAGUAUUUCAGUCUGAGCUAUACUUGUUUGGCUCCGAUGGUAGAGCAGGCGCCUCAUGCACAGAGGCUACAGAAGAGGCUUCUUUCAAGCUGCCUCAUCACAUUACAAUCAAAAAGGCCCAAAAUAAUACGUCCAGUUUUUCAUUUUUAGGCCUGUUCUGUUCUGUUUUAACCUUUUUUGAUGAUCUGCGCUUUAUGCAUGCUUCCUCAGCCUCUCUAACAUAUGGAUUUACAAGAGCGUGCUGCGUUGACUUGUCACCUUCAUACACAUCACUGUGUCUUGUACGAGACAGUCACUUCGUUCACAACAGAAUAAUGGAACAUUGAUUUACCUGCCUCUAUACGGCCUUCACACAUGAAUUGCCUUCUUAUUUAUGUCCUUUACCAACUCCUGAAUCUGUCAGCGACUGUAACCUUCUGUCUCAUGCGGAAAUUCUGUAUAUCAUUCCUCAGGCUUGUACUGUCUUUGGAAAAAGUGCUUUUUCUGUAUAUUUGCACCAUACCCCUGGUCUGAGCUAGGACUUUUGUUAGUCUGAAGGACUUGAAUAGUAGAAUUAUGUGUUAUUUGACCAUGUGCUGCUGUAUUUGGGGAUGUUUUUGUCUGUUGUUGCUGCUGUCUCAGUCAAGAAUCCCUUGAAAAUGAGAUUUUAUCACUAAGUGGGAAUAUUUCCUCAUUAAAAUUUUUUGUAUAUAAGAUGGCUGUAGUAGUGCUGCUUAUUAUACAGUAUAUUACAUCGUAUUUACCCCAUCCUGUUGGCUAUAUCAAAUCAAAUUUAUAUAAACUGGUAAAAGCAGCAGAUUCUUAUGUUAUUAAAGAUACAACUAUUGUAGAUAGAUUUGGUAACACGUUACAAUAACCAUAAUUUAUAAAUGGUAAAUAGACACAUUUAUUAAUUUUUAAUCAUCUUUUAAAAACAGCAUAUAGACCAAUUAUAAAUGGCAAACAGAUAGUUUAUUAAUGUAAGUUAAUAGUUACUUUACCAUUAACAAGCAAUAAAAUUAUGAUGAAUAAUUUUCAAUAAUUAAUAAUGGACUAUUUAUUAAAGGUUUAUAUAGGGUUUAAAUAUUGGUUGUAAAACAUCUAGAUUAAAAUGUGUGUCAGUAGCUCUUUGUAAAUGGUUAAUAUUUGGUUUUCAAACCAUCUAUAAAAAUUACUGAGAUGGUUAUUGUAAAGUUGCAACUGAUGUUUCUAAUACUUUGUUAAUAAUUAAUAAGUGGUUUAUAAACCACCUAUAAAUAUAACUUAGAUGGUUGUUAUAAAGUUAGGGGUAAGGUUCGGUUUGAUUUUUAAAAUUGUAAAAUUCACAAUUUAUUAAUGGUCUAUAUGCUAUUUAUUAACUAUCUGCUUACCAUUUAAAAGUUAUGGUUAUUGUAAAGUGUUACCAUAGAUUCUAACAGUGUCUUUCUAAAUCUUUUCAGCUCAAUUGAAGGUAAACCAAUUGUUUUAUUUUGCAGAACAAUAACUAAUCAUUUAAUAGAGUAAAAGUAGAUCAGCUGAUAGUUAAAAUAAUUAUUAGUUCAGAUCCAGUGUGUGAUCACAGAUGAAGCCGGGUCUGUACUUCUGUCUUUGUCAUCACUUACUAAUAACUCAUAACUCGAUCAGCACCCAUGCAACAGUGCAGUCAUAACUGAUAACUGAAACCUGCUUACUUGUGAAAUUUCUAGUCUAUAUCUGCCAUCUAAUCAGAGUGUGUUGCUCACAUUCAGCAGUGAACAGAUGUGAAGGUGUGCUGUUUAAGGGUUGCAGACCUUUGGAGCCGAGAGGUGAACAGAAAGAGCUGCACUGCGAUGGGCUUAUCAGAGGGUCAAAGGUUAGAGAUGACAUGAACAGACGAGUGUAAGGAAGAGAGUGCCAUCAAUACCUGAGUCUGUCUGUGAGAGAGGAGCUUGCUGCUUGUUUGUGAGUAAACCUCAGAGGGUUAGUAACUCUCCUUUUAUUUCCACUGCAACAGAGAGGACACUCACGCUCGGUUAGGUGGGUUUCUUGUUAUUUUUGGUUUUGUUUGGCACAAAGCAGAGGUCUGGUUUGUAGAGACCAGUGUGCUGUACUGGUUGGUGACAGUCCUGGAGGCAGCUGAUGAAAUUUCACUGAGUGUUUUGCAGUGUGUCACGCGAGGCCACGUCCAGUAAGAGCACCAACAGCAGAUAACUCCACACGGACGUACAUCCCUGUUGUGUCAAUUCUGCCACAUGCACACCUUCAUGGCAUGUCAUGGUGACUGUGUCGGAGCAAUGAGGAACGGAUUGUUUACUCAAGAAAUGCACAUUUUGUUGAAGUUUCAGCUACUCGAUUUUGAUAAAGGAUCUAUCAUUCAGUCUAUGGAAUUUAAAAUACUAAAAAAAAAUUCAGAUACAGUUCAUUUGACUUCUGAAGGAGGUUUUUAGAUUAAAUAAUUUGUCUUGAGAUGUUUUGAAGUGAAUAAUUUCCUUGUUUUUUCUGUGUAAGUUUUAAUCGCUUCUAGCCGACUUGUUUAAAAGUAAGAAAACGCUAAAUAACAGGGCUAAUGGCCCAAGCAUAGUCUUUGCAAAAACAAUGUUUUUUUUCUGCAUGCAGUUAAUGUUAGUUUAGCCAGAACCAUCAGUUUAAGGUCUAACUUGCAGGAUUAUGUCCACAUGGUUAUGCAUUGCUAUUUUUGGGUAGUUAUGUGCCAGUUUACCCAAUCAGACUUCAUACAACUUUACAUUAGUGGUCAUUAUCCGUAGUUAAUGAUACGCACUGGGAAGAGCAUAUGACCGACAUUUCAGACCUAUAAUAAUAAGAAUAUUGAUUAAUUUAAUCAACUAGAAAAUCUAGAAAGAGUUACAACAUUAAAUCGAUCAGUCAGAUAAACUGCACAUCCUUAAUUGUGUAACAUUACCUAAACCUUUGCAAGAUUAUCAAACUACUUCCAUUUUCUCAGAUAUUUUUUAUCUGAUAAUUCACAAUUCGUGUCAUCUCUACUUUUGUAAACUGUUGAUUUCAUGGGUUUGUAGGUUUGUUGAAUAAAGGAGUCAGCUGCUGUAAACCUGUUUCUUUUUUGUAAUCUGUUGUUCGUAAAUAGACACUAUGAUAUCAAUAAUUAGUGUGAAAUAUUACCUCCAGAUCAGAAGUGUAAAUAAUUAUUAGCCUGAGACUAUUGGCAGGAAACUUAAUCAAACAUUUACAAGUCUGAACAAAUAUUUAAGAGGAAGAAAAACAGUCUGCUACUAUCUUGUAUAUUUGCUAAUCGUCUGGGUCUCUUUUCCCAGGCAUGAAGAAGGAAAGUGGUUUGAUUCAGCUGGAGGAUAAGACAACUUUCCCUUUUUUAUUUCAGUUUAAACUCAAUCUUUAAGGUUUAGGCUUAUUAAAGAAAACCAGACAUUUUAAGAUGCUGUAUUAAAUUCUUGAAAACUGAUUGAAUUUAUUUUUUCUUUCCUAACAUUUGGUCUACCAAAGGCUGAAUAGAUUAAUCAGGGUAAACCAUUUGUUGAAGUUGUGCCAGUUGCAGCUUUUGCACCUUUUCACAAGUGGAUAUGAACAAAAGCAUGCAAAUUGAUUCACUGAAUAGGUGAGUUUUAGCAGCUUUUCAAUCAAACAAAGGGGCUAAAAAUGACAAAGACAGUAAUGAAAUCAAGAGGCGAGAGCCCGGUGGAUUGAGAGGCACUCAAAGAUCAAAAGUUAUGCUUAUUCAGUACCUUACUCCCCUCCUUAAAUCCACCUUCCCCAUCUCUAACUCUGUCUUUCCGUGUGUCUGCAGUGUCAUGGCUCCUGCAGAGGACAGUGUGAGCACCUGGAGCUGUAAGCAGGUGGCCCAGUGGCUGCAGGAGGAAGGAUUUGGCGAGUACGUGGAGCUGCUGUGCACCCAGCACCGCCUGGACGGCCUCACUCUGCUGGCUCUGACUGAGGCUGACUUGCGAGGACCCCCUCUGGGCCUCACCGUGCUGGGGGACAUUAAGAGGCUGAGCAUCGCCCUGCGUCGGCUCCAGAGACAGAACCAGAGCCAGCUGGAGGAGCUGGGCCUGCAGCUUUCAGACAGACACCCUGUGGUGGUGGACUCUGUUGGAGUGGACUGGAGCUGUGACAGAGCCAACAGGAGGUAUAAUGGAGGAAAUCAUACAUGUAAUGGGACUGAGCUGAGACUGAGGAAUGGAGACAGAUCUGGAUUCAAUUCAGAAGCUUCACUUUGUCAUACACACUCCAAUGGGAGGUGUAGGCAGCACCUGGCAGGUAGAUUGGACCCAGAGGUGUGGAAAACAGUCAUCAGCGCCUUUUAUGUGUUUUUAGUCUUUGGUUUCACGUCUUUUGUCAUGGUCAUCGUACACGAGCGAGUCCCAGACACGAGGACGUACCCACCACUGCCUGAUAUAUUCCUGGACAGGUACUAGUCCAUAGGUCAUGUACACAUUCUCCUACACUCAUAUCUUAUCUAGAUGUUGACCUGCUUGUUCUUGCUCUCUUUCAGUGUACCCAGAAUCCCCUGGGCUUUUGCAAUGGCAGAAGCCUGCGGUCUCAUCCUAUGUUACAUGCUUCUGUUGAUCCUGCUCCUCCACAAACACAGGUACUCCACACUUCAUUACUGUGUUUGUAUUAUACCUGCCAAAAGACCACUUUCUCCACUUAAUGCUUAGAAAUAAGAUAAAAUUAGAGACACUUUAACAUUAACUGUAGCACCUGUACUCCAACACUUGUAACCCUUCAGUAGGUUUGAAGGUUCUCGAAUCAGUGCAACUGUUUUCUUUUCCUGUUUCAGGUCGAUCCUCUUCAGACGGUUGUGCUCUUUGAUGGGAACUGUGUUUUUGCUCCGUUGUUGCACCAUGUUCGUCACUUCACUCUCUGUGCCUGGACAGCAUCUCAAGUGUGCCAGCAAGGUGGGAAAAACCUGUGCAGAUGAAAUACAGAGGCCUGGUUGAGGGGUGACAUUAAAGAGUGACAUGUCAGUAAUCCUAACUAAAUCAUCACCAGCUGCCACUGACUGAUAAGUGUGUCCUGUGUUCCUCAGACGUAUGGCGACACGCUGGGAAAGAUUCAGAGGGCGCUGACCAUCUGGAGCGGGUUUGGGAUGACUUUGACUGGCGUUCAAACGUGCGGAGACUACAUGUUCAGUGGACACACGGUUGUCAUCACAAUACUCAACUUCUUUGUAACUGAGUGUAAGUAUAUAACAAAAAGUCAGUGUGAAAACAAUUGAAGCACUGUGACUCUAAAAUAUUCCUAAAUGUGUUAUAAUUACUCUGAUGUUUUUUUAUGUAGUGUGAGUAAUAGUGUGAUUGUGACUUUGAGCAUACAGCUGUCCACAACAACAUGUAAUCAUAAUUAAUGACCUGAUUAAUAAGCUAGAUACAAAAUAAAAGCCCCCUUGUCCUCUAUCCUCUAAUUACCCAUCAAAAUUAGACUCUACGCACACGAUCCACUUACAGUUUUGACAUUUAAUUCCCAGAUAUUUUUAUUCUUUCGGGUCAAAAUUAGCAUUUUAGACAUCACAAUAACAAUUCUUGAGGAUAUUUUUAGUUGCAGCUCUCUUACUUUGAUUUAAUGAAGCCUUGAAGCAGUUAGCCAUUGGCCUGUAAAGCGCUGACUUGCGAGUACUGGAUUCUCUUUAGAUGCAGUUAUCUUGGUGAUCAGUCUCAAUGCAUUAGGCAUGAUGGCCUCUGCUUUGAUAAUAAAAUUCUCCGUAAAGGUGUGCCACAUUAAGCCCCCAUUUGUUUACUACUUAUGUGAAUAAUCUGGGACAAAAUGUAGCAGAUGCUGCGUUAUAUUAAUACGCUGAUGAUACAAUUAUAUACUUUUGUGCAUCCACUCUUGUUCAGUACUCAUUAUACGAGCUAAAGUUUGUUCUAAAUGCAGAGAAGAUUCGAAUCAUGUUGUUUACCACCUCAAAGACUGGGGUACCUGUGGUGGUCACUGCUGAUGGACAGGAGAAAGAGGUUGUUAACAGCUACAAAUAGCCGGGUAUUGUGAUUGAUAAGCUAAACUGGCAGAAUUACAGAAACCGAAAUGCAUCUUUACAUUUCAUUCAUCCAGUUUUCCUGUAGGAAGCAUCAAUCCCAAGUUUUUUAUUCUCAAGAUCUCUAAUUCGACGAUCAAACUAUCGUAACUCCAGUCCCAGGAAUUGCAAAAGCACAAAACAAUCAUAGAGAAAAGCUUAACCUAAUUUAUAAGAGUGGACAAUAGCAGCGUGACAUGUGGUGGUAUGAAAAAUCACAAUGAGUAACCUGUUCUGUUUUCUAGACUGCAAGAAAUUCCCACAUUGGAGUGAAAAACUUUUGUUGCUAUAAGAGGAGUGAGAAAUAAACAUUAGAAGUAAAAUAAUGAUGUGAUGUAAGUAAUAAAUAAAACCCUGAAAUUGAUCUUUCUCUGAUUUUGUUUUGGUUGCAGACACCCCACGGACCUGGAACAUGAUCCACACUAUCUCCUGGGUGUUAAACCUGUUUGGGAUCUUCUUUAUCCUUGCAGCUCAUGAGCACUACUCCAUCGACGUGUUCAUCGCCUUCUACAUCACCACCCGCCUCUUCCUCUACUACCACACUUUGGCCAACACUCGCGCCUAUCAGCACAGCAGGAGGGCCCGCAUUUGGUUCCCUAUGUUCUCCUUCUUUGAAUGUAAUGUGAACGGGCCGGUUCCCAACCAGUAUCACUGGCCCUUCAGCAAACCUGCCUUCAUGAAAACAUUGAUCGGAUAGAAAUACACUUUGAAGAUUUGCAGCUGCAAUAUGCACUGACUGCACUGUUGAAACCCAGAUGAUACACUUUUUACUUGAAAUGCUGCUACCUAUCUUUGGAUGGUUAUAAGUUGUUUUAUGUGGGAGUUUUCCUCUUUAUUUGUACAGAUGGUAGCCUUUAUUUUCCCCUCUAAUUUAUAUGUUUAGAGAAUAUAAAAGUUAGAUAGGUCCAUUGAUACCACCAGCAGCCAAUCAGCAGCAUAAAGACUGAAAGGCAGGGGCACAUACAGAUUUUUUGACUAGGGUGGCCAAACUGGGUCACUCACUGAUGCAGGGGUGGCCUGAAAUAUAUUUGCACAUUUAAACAUGUUUCACUGACACUUACAUCUGUUUUCCACUUAUCACUUAUCAACAAAACGCUUUCACAAAAAUAGCAUGUCAGAUGUUUUUUUUUUUUUUUUUUUUUAAUGUAGCUCUGCCUCUGACUGGGUAAGUAGCCAAUCACAGCUCAGGACUUUGGGGUGAGACAUGACGUGACCCCAGCAGACAGCCAGUAAAUAUUGAAGUAGCAAAUUAACCUUUUGCACAGGCACUGCUGACAAUCAUUAAUCAUCAAAAAUUGGUGUGUAAAGAGACCAUUUGUGAUGUUGGCAACUUGACAACAUCAAGUUAGCUGUCAUCCAUGAAAAUACUUCACCACGUCAACUAUCAUGACCUUUACAAUUUGUCUAAAAUAAAUUUGUACAUGUAAAUGGACCGUAACAGAGCUAAUGGGCGGGUUCUUUAACUCAGUCGGCUGUCCCACCCCUGUUCCCAGUCUUUACGUCAAGCUAACUGGCUGCUGGCAUAAGAGCAAUGUUUACCGUACAGACAUUGAAGUGAUGUUAAUCCUCUUGUCUCACUGCCAGAUAGUAAAUAAGUGAUAGUAUUGUUAUGGACGUCAAACAAUUCCUUUAAAUUAUAUACAGUGCACUGCCAAGUGAAAUGGAGAAAUGACGCUAAUUUUGAGGACUUUGUACGGCGGGCGCACACAGUGUUCUUUGGGAAUGUUUUUUAAAUGAUUAUCUUCCUCAUUUGUGCUCCACUUCGGGGGUGUUAUAAGUUCACAGGUUGUAAAUGUUGCUGUGUUGUCAUGGUGACAGUUACCAUGUUGUUGAACAGCAAAGACAGUGAGCCCCUGUUUCUUUUCUUUUUCAUAUUACAGGAAAGAAACAUCCUGUUCUCCCCUGAAAGGGCUCCGUGUCCGUCGCUUGUUUUUUGGUUGUUUUUUUUUCUAUCCUCACACACGGAAACAUUUUUCUGCUGUAAAGUUUACAUAAGUUUAAAAUUGUUUCACCGUGGGUGAAGCUGCCUACAGUCAGGGAUUAACCAAAUAUAGGGAAAUGUAUUUCAAUGUUCUGCUGAGGCAAUCAGCCUGUAAUUAUGUCUGAAUUUGUUUGAUGUUUUUCUGUUUAAUUAUGGGAUGAGGACUGGAAAAUAUGAACUUUGAUUUGGUUAAAAGCUUUAUUCAGCUUUUUUCUGUUGCACAGACCAAAAGCUGCCUUUUUUUCACAACAAAUUCUUAAAAGUGUGAAACCAUAUGUUUACUACUCCAGUGAUUCAUACCAGCUUUCUGAUAAUUGUUUACAAUUUGUGCUAUUUUUGCAAUGUGUGUAAUCUAUCUCCACCUUUUGGCUCAGCAAUAAAUGUUUACAGAUGAGGCGACGGUUGUUUUGUAUUUCAGACUGACUGCUUCCUCAGCUUCUCUUUUGUGUGUUAGUUUUUGAAUAAAAUUGAUAACAUGUUAAAUAUAA